AUGCUAGAUGAAAAAUUUGAACUCUCUUUCUAUGUGCCGGGGGACGAUAACUGUUACACCUAUGGACGUAUAGGGGUUCUCAAUGUUGUGCUAAGCCCACUUUCAGAAACCAAUAUUGCUAAAACAACCAUAGUAGCAACUGUAGCAACCAGCAUGCGCAGGACUUUUGCUAGACUAAAGCUGAUACUUCUCCUUGGUGCAGCUGGAGCGAUUCCCAACGACGUACACGAUAUGAGGUUAGGUGACGCUGUGAUUGCGGUGCCAAGUGAUGGUUCUUCGGGCAUAGUACAAUAUUCAUUUCCCGAAACUGAAGUAAUACGGGAGCUGGCGAGCCCACCGCAGUCUAUAUUAGAUUGCGUACGUCAAUUUCAAUUCGAGCUUCAGGACGACCCAGAAAAGAUUACGAAAUGGAUGGAAGAAGGACUGAACAAGUUCCCGCAUAUGAAAAGAACAUUUGGGCCUCCAAGCAAUCGCGUUGACAGGCUUUUUCACGCUGAUUACCUACAUAUUAGCCAAGGCUGUUACAGAUGUGACUCUUCACGCUUAGUUCAACGUGGUUCUAGAGCGGACACAAAUCCUCGACUCUUUUAUGGAGCCAUUGCGACGGCUGAUACUGAAAUUUUCAAUGCAAAAGAAAGAGAUAAAAUCGGUCGGCAGACGAAUUGUCUCUGUGUGGAUACAGGGUCAGCCGGACUCCAACUCAUUGAAGUUCCAACUAUUGUGAUUCGUUGCAUAAUCAACUAUGCAGAUUCUCACUCUAAAGAACAAAGGAAAUGGAGAGAUUAUGCCGCUAUGACUGGGGCCGCAUGUGCUAAGGGUUUUAUAUUAGAUCUCUCUACGGUCUCCUGGGAUAUGGACCCCAGUGAACAUUCCGUUGACUCUGCUGAGAGACUUUGGACCUCUACCACGGCGAAGACGACAAUAGCGGCAACACAAUUUACCACUUCUCAAGGGACCCCGACGAACACAGCAGGGCGCACUACUCCGACAGGUUCUACUUGGUCACUGGUCGACAUGAAUCCUAGUGUAGCUUCCACGGGGACAUUUUAG